AUAUGGCAAACAAGUGUGCCUGUACGGUAUUCAGGCAAAGACAACUCAAAAUGCAUUAGGGUUGAUUUUUGAUAAGACGUUUUUCACAUUAAUCAUUACAGUUGAUGCUAUAAGGCUUUCCAGAAUAUUUCUCAUCGUUGGCUCUUGUUAUAGGGAAUGGAAAAAAAACCAAAAAAAAAACCCUACAAGUCCCACGAUGCAACAGGAGCCCUCAAUGUUAAAGAGGGAAAACACGACAUGGCUUCUCUGGAUAUCCGCCUCGAGUCGAAGAAACAGGUUGAUGACUUCUGCCAGAAGCUCACCAAAGAGGCAGAAGAGCUGGUUUCAAAGUUUUUCCCUCAGAAGAUUGAAGACUUGCAGAUGCUGCUGAAGACAUCUUUCAGCUGUGAUGACCUGGCAUCCUUGAAGGCUCCACUGGACAUCCCGAUACCUGACCCAGUUAAAGAGGAGGCCAAACGCAAGAAGAAGGAGGAGAAGGAGGGGAAGAAAGACAAGGACAGCGAUAAAGAGGAGGAAGAUUCGGGGCCUCCCUGUGGUCCCAUCUGCAUCAACGAGCGAGUGGAGAGUCUCCUGCAGGAAGUCAAGCCUCAGAUCCAGACACUGAAGGAGAAGCUCAACACGGUGUCAAUGUGGGUGCAACUCCAAAUCCCUAAAAUUGAAGAUGGAAACAAUUUUGGAGUGGCUGUGCAGGAGAAAGUGUUUGAGCUGCUGACCAACACACGCACCAAAAUUGAGGGAUUCCAAACUCAGAUUUCAAAAUAUUACAGUGAAAGAGGAGAUGCUGUGGCCAAAGCCUCCAAACAACCCCACGUGGGAGACUACAGACAAUUGGUUCAUGAGCUUGACCAGUACCAGUACUGUGAGCUCCGCCUUGUGGUCCUGGACAUCCGCAACACAUAUGCUGUGCUGUUUGAUAUCAUUAACAAGAACUAUGACAAGAUUAAGAAGCCUAGAGGAGAUGGGAAAGCUCUCAUCUACUGAGACUGACAUCUGCACACUCACAGGCAUUCAAACUAGACACAACUAGUCUAGUAUGACACUCAUCAAAUAUCAAAACACCCACUCUGACAAAAAUUGUCUACUUUUUCUUAUUGUGUAUACAUUUUGGUUCAGAUUACAAAAUAAAGUAACAUGAGUCUGA